AUGGAUGGCAACAUCGCUAACAACAACAGCAGCGGUAUUGCCACCAAAUCCAGCUUUACUAAUAGCUUCCCCGACAUCCACAGCAGCAUCGCUACCAACACCAGCCUUACCAAUAGCUUCCCCAACGUCCACGAUGCGACACCUGUUUGCCACUAUAGUAGUAGUAGCAGAAGCAACAGGCCCAGUUCCAUCACUGGCUAUAACGACAACAACAGCAGCAGCAUUAUUAAUAACAACAGCGACUCCUCCAUUAUGAGCAGUGUCGAUAGCAUUACCGUCGCCACCACCACCUCCACCAUCGCCAGCACCACCCCGGCUCCGACAAUACCAGCAUCCCCGACCCCAUCAAGAACAACAGCAUCUGCAGUAGUGCCAGCGGCAGCGACAGCCACAACAACAGCAGCAGCAAUAGCAACGACUGCAGUACAGGAAACAUGCGCAGGGGCGAAAAUAUUACCAUCACCACCACCACCACUAUCCUCGGCGACGCCAAUACUAACACCAACAGUAGCUGCCUCAUCUCCAUCAGUGACUACACCACCGGCAGUAUCAGCAACAGCAACAACAGCACCUACAACAACAAGCACACCGACAUCACGUGCCCACAGAAAUACUGGGAUGCACUGGAAAUUCUCUCAAACAGCGUCUUUACAAUCAUCUGUCUUCCUUCCGAGUCUCCGAAAUGAGAUACGUGUCAUCACUGGCCAGACAUAUCUGGCAACUAAGAGACGAAGGGAUGCCAUACCCGAUCGUAUGGAAAAUACUCGAGGACCCAGGCUGCUACAUCAACGGGACGAAACGUUGCGAAUUAUGCAUUACCGAACGCACGAGAAUCCUUACAGACUCGGUCGAGAACUCCAGGACGAAGAUUUUCGGGCCAUGCUUGCAUUCUAG